GCUUCCAAGAGCCCACUUAAUUUUAGUUGCGACUUCUUCAUUUAAGUUUGCGGUGAGAUCUGUUUGUCUUGAAUUUAUAGACUUUUCAGUCUGUUUUUGGUCUACUGUGCUGUGCUUAAUAUAUUAGAAGCUCGAGCGGCAAAGAGAUAAAACGUUGAUAUUUUUUCCAGUGUGCAAGGUGGGAACGUGAUUAUACUGGGGCUGCUGUGCACAUGUCUCUCUGACAUUUGAAAGUGGACUUUUGUUCUUCUAAGACACACUAUGUGCUGAAGAUGGAUGACGGGGCUAAGUUGCACCUGAAAGAGUGGCUCGUAGCUCAGAUAGAGAGUGGGGAAUAUGAAGGACUCUGUUGGGAGGAUGAGAACAAAACUAUGUUCAGGAUACCGUGGAAGCACGCAGCCAAGAAGGACUACAAACAGACGGAAGAUGCGGCGCUGUUCAAGGCUUGGGCUGUGUACAAGGGCAAAUACAGGGAGGGGAGGGAUAAAGCUGAUCCCACCAUGUGGAAGACCCGUCUCCGCUGCGCACUUAACAAAAGCACGGACUUCCAAGAGGUCCCUGAACGCAACCAGCUGGAUAUCACUGAGCCAUAUAAGGUCUAUCGCAUCCAGCAUGAUAACGGCCAAUCCAGGCCAGCAGAGUCUAUUCAAACAAAGGAUCAGGUGAUCACCCAGGCCAGGAGGUCUCCAGGGAGCCCCUGUCAUCUGGACCAGCUGCAUCAUAAACAAAAUGAACCAUUUCAAGCAGACAAAGAAGAAAAAACAUUAACUGAAGACCUGAUGAGGGAGCACAUGUACUGUGAGUUGAUGGAAAAAAAGCAUCAAGACCAGGCCCUGACUCCUAUUGCCUUCCUCAGUCCCUCACAUACUAUAUCAGACUUCCGUAUGCAGGUGAUGUUGUUGUACCAGGGCCAGAUGGUGAUGAAAGUCAUCACCAGGAGUCCAGAUGGGUGUUUCAUCCUGCAGGGGCAUGUCCCUUUGGGAAAUGAGCGGAUUUAUGGACCCUGCACUGCCCAACAGCUUUCCUUUCCUUCCCCGGGCUCUGUUUGCCUGCCACCCUCUAUGGCUGAAGCAAUGAAUCGCCUUCUUUGUCACCUGGAGAGGGGUGUGCUAUUAUGGGUGGCCCCGGAUGGAGUGUUUAUCAAAAGAUUCUGCCAGGGCAGAGUGUACUGGAGCGGCCCUAUGGCCCAACACACUGACAGACCCAACAAACUGGAGCGAGAAAAAACCUUCAAACUGCUUGAUAUACCCACAUUUUUCAGUGCCCUCCAGAGCUGUCUACAGGGGAGGGGGCCUAUACCUUCGUAUGAGAUUGAGCUCUGCUUUGGAGAGGAAUAUCCAGACCCCAAUGUACCUAAAACCAAGAAGCUUAUCAUGGCACAGGUGGUUCCCUUGUUUGCAGUGGAGCUGUUGCAGAGGUUCAACUUGGCAGAGACUGAAGAGAAGCCUCUGACCGUCACCUGCAACACACAGGCAGAGAAGAUGUAGGAGGAUCAGGAAAGCGACCCUUCUUCGGGGCUGGCAUGGACAGUGUGCAAGCGGAUUACUGAAGAUGCGUUUCUUCCCUGUAAUCAUCAUGAAAAGACACCCCCAGAGCAUCGCAGUAUUGUCAGAGAUGGAAAUAUGUUGAGGAAACAUAUCACUGCAUUAUCAACCUGUUUGCAGUGUAUCAAGCGAAAAUCAAAGUCAUAAGCUUUUUAUUUCUACCUUCUGUUGACUGCCAAGAGUCAUCAGCUGCUCUGCAAACACAUUGUUUAACCCAAUAAAAUGUGCUUAUACUGUAAUAUAAAAUUUUAUCCUGCAUUCAAUAUUAAUCUCGUAUUCAGCUCAUUACUCCUAAGUAAUUUAAGUUCAUAAUACUUGACUACAAAUGUCA